AUGUCGCCGACUCACCAUCCCAUCAACACUCUCCCACCAGGUCCCAGCCAACCCAUCCGCGACGAUGCCAUGAUGCAGUUCAGAGAGAUCGCCCCCGACCGUAAGAGAGAGCACGAGUCCAACCUGGGUCUUCCCACGCCAGUACCACCUUCGCAACCCAGUGUCAAAAGAACCAAGACAGAACAGGCGUGUUCCAACUGCAGAGCGCUGCGCCGCAAGGUACGUCCCAAUGUCAAUCAUCGUGCAGUCAACGGAGAAAAGUCUGACAAGGGCUUGAAAAGUGCAAUGGAGGCAGCCCUUGCAAAACCUGUCAAGAGAACUCCCUUCCGUGUCACUAUGGAGGUGAUGUUCGAGCGCCCGAGAAGCUCACCUUGGCAAAAGCGAUGA